CCACAAUCGAUUAGAACGAAAUCAAACACACCUUGGCAAAAUAGAAAAUGGCGGUGUCUUUUCUUAGUCCCGAGCAGUGCAAAACAUGGGAAAAGUCAGGGAAACAAGAAUUCUUAAAAUUCAUCAACGGUGUUGGUGAUCGCUCAGUACUAUCAUCCCUCGGAAAUCGAGACUUCAGACAAGCCAUUUAUGAUCUCUGCCAGCAUGUCAUCAAAGGCAAUCUCAGAGUUGAACAAGCUAUUCAUGUGUUUCAUGACUUGAAGGAUAAGUAUCCUGACUUAAUUUCUUUUGUGGUUGACAUCCUGAGCCUGAUAGAUGUUGAGUUGAGUGCAGUGGAGGAGAUUAAAGGGGCCAGGGAGAAAUUAUGUACCCUCAUUCAAACCCUUGGAAAUACAUUUGACUGUGAUGCGCUGCUCAAGUCACGGCUGGACCAUGAGACGUUGGAGAGUGCAGGGCUGGUUCCCAGCAAGACAGUCUUCUCACAGAAACAUGUCAAGAUCAAGACCAGGCUCUACUACAAGCAGCAGAAGUUCAACCUGUUGAGAGAAGAGAGCGAGGGCUACUCUAAACUUGUGGCAGAGCUUAAUCAAGAGAUCACAUACAAAAUUACCCCUGCGGUCAUGCUUCAAAACAUCAAGUCCCUUAUUGGCUGUUUUAACCUGGACCCUAACAGAGUUAUAGAUGUUUUACUGGAGUCGUUUGAGAACCGUCCAGAGGUGGAGGACUUCUACAUUCCGCUCAUACAGUCUUACGUGCAGGACAACGAAACCCUAUGCCAUUGCCUCGGGCUCAAGUUUCAGUUCUUUAAGGAUGAUGAAACUCCAAGCUCCCUGUUCAAACUGGCAGCCAUACUUCUCAAGAAUGACCUAGUCCACUUGGAGACUCUGUACCCUCAUCUGCAUCCGGUGGACAGCGUGAUUCUGGAGUACAGUAAGAAAGAGAUGGCAGAUGCCAAGGCAUACGCUCGUAAACUAAUGGUGAUCAACCUUGCAGACAAGUCUGAUGAGAAGAAAAAGGAAGAGGAGGAAGUCAAAAUUGAUGUGCGAGUGAACAACCAGAAACUAGGGCUGGUGGAGGCAUUACUGUGUAUCGGUGCUUGGGAGAAGUCCAAGUGUAUCCUGGACUGGUUACCAGAAUUCUUUGCCACCACACACAAACCUGUGGCCUCCGCCUUGUGUGCUCUCAUACAUACUGUUAUGGACCCAGUCUAUCGGACGAGCAGUGGAAUGACGAGUAAACUUGUGAGUAAAUGGCCACCCAUUGAGGAGCUGGGCGGGUCAGUCCCACGUGCAACCUCGUUUCAGGAAGUUAACACCCUCGUGUUUCCGAUGGUUGCCUAUCUUGGCCCGUACAUCUCGUGCGAUCCAAUACUACUCAUGAAGCUCAUCAGGCUCAGCAAACAGUACAUGAUCAAGCGUGCCCAGGGAAGCUUAUCACCGGAAGACGCCCCAACGUAUUACGGCCUGUUGAACGUGAUAGAUGAGGCCCUUCUGCCGUCCGUCUCAUUUCUCUCGUGUAAUUGCUGUAUCUCACAAGAGAUAUGGACUCUCCUCAAGCUGUUCCCUUAUGAGCUCAGGUACCGUAUGUAUGGCAACUGGAAGAACGAGCUGUACAUCUCGCACCCGGCUCUGAUACGAGUGAAGGCUGAUUGCCUGGAGAAGUCCAAAUACAUUAUGAAGCGUCUGGCAAAAGAGAAUGUGAAGAUAUCUGGACGACAGCUCGGAAAACUGAGCCACAGCAACCCUGGGGUCCUCUUUGAAUAUAUCCUGCGGCAAGUAGAGAAAUAUGAUAACCUGAUAGGCCCGGUGGUGGACGCUCUCAAAUACCUCACAGAUCUCUCGUAUGACAUUCUCAUAUUCUGUAUAAUUGAGUCAGUGGCUGUGCCAGAAAAGGAGAAGACAAAACUAGGGGAGACAACCCUGGCAAGCUGGCUUCAGAGUCUGGCGACUUUUGCUGGCUGCAUCUGUAAGAAGUACACAGUGGAGCAGACGGGACUCGUGCAGUACGUAACCAACCAGCUCAAGGCUGGCAGGAGCACGGACUUGCUAUUGAUGCAGGAAAUAGUUCAGAAGAUGGCUGGUAUUGAAGUGUCUGAGGAGAUAACGGCUGAUCAGUUGGAUGCAAUGUCAGGGGGAGAACUUCUCAGGCAAGAGGGAGGCUACUUCACCCAGGUGCGCAAUAUGAAGAAGUCGUCGAGUCGGCUGAAGGACACAAUGUUGGAACAUGACCUUGCCCUGUCUUUGUGUCUGCUCAUAUCACAACAGAGGGAUUCCGUCAUCUUCAAGGAGGCAACCAGGCAUCUCAAACACUACGGAAAACUGUAUGAUCAGUGUCAAGACACGUUGGUACAGUUUGGCAGUUUCCUGUCCAUGCAGCUGAGUACAGAAGAGUUUGUGAAGAGACUCCCGCCCAUACACAAGAUGGUCACAGAGUUUCACGUGCCUCCAGACGCUGCUUUCUUCCUAUCCAGGCCCCUGUACAGCUAUGAUAUCAAUGCCAAAUAUGAUGAGCUAAGAAAAGCAGAAAGAGCCGAAAAAGACAAAAAAGAUAAACUGUCCACAUCAGCCAAGACACAGAAGUACAUAGAGGCAGCAGAGUUUGUGAUGGCCCCAGUGAUCGAAAAUGUGCGGCCGCUCCAGCCCUCCAAAAUAUGGGAGGAACUCAGUCCCACAUUCUAUGCGACGUUCUGGGCGCUAUCCAUGUACGACAUUCACGUGCCUAGUUCAGCAUACGAGAAACAGAUAUCCCUUCUACAGGGCCAGGCCAACAGUGCUGACGACAACAAAGAUCUGGGUCCAAGCAAGCGUAAGAAGGAGCGUGAGCGUUGUAACGCCAUGAUUGACAAGCUGAAAGAUGAGGAGAAGAGGCAGACGGAGCAUGUUCAGCGCAUCACUGCAAGGCUCAAGGCACAGAGGGACCAGUGGUUUGUCUCAAGGGCGACAAAGAAUGAGACCAUCACCCAGUUCCUGCAACUCUGCAUUUUCCCGCGGUGCUGUUUCACGGCCAGUGAUGCCGUGUACUGUGCCGAGUUCAUUCACAUUCUUCACAACUUGAAGACUCCAAACUUCUCAACGCUCAUCUGUUAUGACAGGAUAUUCUGUGAUAUCACAUACACCGUAUCCUCAUGCACGGAGAACGAGGCUCAGCGCUAUGGCCGCUUCCUAUGCGCCGCCCUCGACACUGUUAUGAGGUGGCACAGCAGUAAGGAGUUCUAUGAAAAGGAAUGCGGUGCCUAUCCCGGCUUUGUGACAGUUUUCCGCAAGGGAGAGAACUCCAACCAGAAAGCGGACCAGCUCGAUUACGAGAAUUAUCGGCACGUUUGUCACAAGUGGCACUUCCGUAUCACCAAGGCAAUGGUGACGUGUAUCGAGUCAAGCAACUACAUACAGAUCAGAAAUGCGCUUAUUGUUCUUACAAAGAUCUUGCCCCAUUACCCUCGUAUUGUCCAGUUUGGUUCCCCGCUAGAGAGAAGGGUGGACAGACUGAAACAGGAAGAGAAGGAGAAGAGACCCGACUUGUUUGCCCUUGCCAUGGGGUACUCCGGUCAGUUGAAGAGCAAGAAACAAUUUUGGGUUCCUGAGACGGACUUCCAUGUACGAGACAAGGAGAAGAAGGCAGCAGCUGCAGCAGCCGCGGCCAGCGCCCCUGUGUCAGGAAGUUCAGCUGAUGCAGCAAAGGACAAACAGAUCAGGCCAGCAGGCAGUGGUGAAAGGAGCAGCGCUUCAAAAGAAAAGGAGCCUAAAAAAACAAAAACAGACAAAGCAGAGAAGACUCUGGAAAAAGCUCGCUCUGAGGAGAAAGGGCGUGACUCACCUGUUGAUGCAAAGAAGUCCAACAGCAGCACAGCUACAGAGAAGAAGGAAGUCACACUUGCAAGUUCAAAAGCAAGUGGUUCAAAGGACAAAAAGGAGAAAGAAAAAUCUGAAAAGUUGGCUGAACCGGACAAGGCUAGAUCUGAAGAUAAGAUGGACAAAUCCAAGGAUGACAAAGCUACAAGGAAGGAUGAAAAGGGGAUUAAAGCUAAAGAAGAGAAGAUAGAUACUCACAAAGUAAAGAUCAAACGUGAAGACAAGUCAGAUAUCGUAACGCCCUUGAAGUUGAAGGUGAAGCAAGAAAAAGUUGAGCCUCCAGAAGAGAGUGAAAAUCUUCGGUCUGAUAGGAAAGAGAAGGGAAAAGAGAAGAAGGGAGAAAAGGAAAGGCUGAAAGUCAAGGUCGAGAAAGAUGGGGAUGAGCCAAAAGGGAAAGAUGUGAGAGACAAGGAGGAGAAGCUGCGAGCCAAGCUGGAGCGGAUGAAGGAAGAGACGAAAGACCGCCAUGAGAAGGAAGGGAGGAAGGAGAAACACGAUCGGAAACUUAAGCGCAGUUACAGCCCAGAGGAGGCAGCGAAGGAGGUGAUGUAUCGGGACCAUCGCGACGCAGAAGCAGCUUCCAACAGCAGUCACGGCUCCCACAGACAAACGCCAGAGGCCUCUCCACGCAGAGCUGAGGAGAGAGAUACAAAACGUAGGAAAACAGAGGCCAUUGCGUCCACUUCCAAGGAGGAUUUGGGAUCUUCGUCUAAAUCCCGCCACAGACACAGCGUCUCACCGGACAAGGAACGGGAACGCAAGGAGAAGAAGAGGCUGCGGAAAGAAGCUAAAGCCCUCAGUGAUGCUGACACCUCGUAUGCCAAUAGUUUGGACGAGGAGGACAGAGAGUACGAGACCAUGAGUGUUUCAAUGUCCAAGAAGAAGAAAAGCCUGGAUGGCUCAUUACGUGGAAGCAAGCAGAAUGGUGACUCAGAUGAUCGAUGGCGGGAAGGAAGUUACGAGCAACACUACGAUGAUGAUGGAUACGCGAGACCCACCACCACCAGGAAGGAACACCGAGAAGCGGAACUUGAGCAUGAACGAUCUCGUAGUAAAGACAGGGAGAAGAAGAAAGAUAAAGAAAGAUCAAAACGGCCAAAGAAGUCUUGAAGAGAGAAGUAUGAAGAUGGUGUUAAUUGAUUGGUUUACACUCUCUUUGGUGGAACAGAGACUCUCCAGCGGCAAUAGUGUCACUUUGUUAUUGGAGUUGCCUUUAAACUUAUGUACAGUAGAGAGUACCAGAACUCUCGUACUGUUCUUAAUGUUAAUUAUACCAUGCCAAAGGACAUUUGACAUUGGUUUCAUUUGUACAAUACUUUUUCUUUUCCUCACAAAUUGUACUUAUAAGUACCUUAUUUUUAUAGUAUCUCUUUGUUGCGGACUGAAGUUAUGAAAUGAUAUUUGAAAAAGAUUUGCCAUAUGAAAUGACUGUAAGAAAAUUGUUUUUUGUUGUAUAUGUUAAUUUUAAUUUCUUAUGAUGGUUCUUGUAAAAAGUAUUUGUACUGAAUAAAGCUCAUUGUUUUUGGCAUGUGUUACAUUUUAUUAUUUGUAUAAAGCUCUGUUAAUGAUUACAAAACACAGUUAAACUGAAUGAAAUACAAUCAUACUGGUUAUGUGGGAGUUGAGACCUCACAUUAUUACUUUAAAUAAAUUUCCUUGAGCUGAA